AUGGCAAUCACAACUCCCUUCCAGACACAAUUUGCAGUACCUAUGACAUGUGAAGCAUGUAUAAAAGACAUCGAAGGGUCUUUAUUUAAACUAGGUGGAAUACAGAAAGUUGAAGCAAAUCUGAAGGAUCAGCUUGUUACUAUCGAAGGAACAACUGCGCCUUCGGAGAUUGUUAAGGCAAUUGAAGAUACGGGGCGAGAUGCAAUUUUGAGGGGUUCUGGGGGAAGUGAUGGUGCGGCUGUCUGUAUUCUUGAGACACAUGAUACUACUGUAUCGGACAAAGUACGAGGAUUAGUGAGGAUGGUGCAGGUAUCUCCUACAUUAACGUUGGUGGAUUUGACGAUUCGAGGAUUGCAAGAAGGAAUAUACUGGGCCACUAUUAGAGAGGCGGGGGAUAUUUCCAACGGAGCAAUCUCUACAGCAGGUCUAUGGAAGGGAGGUAGUGAAGAUACACCGAGAGGUGCGUUUGGUACCGUGAGUGUGGGGAAGAAUGGAAUGGGAAGUGUGUUUUUGGACAAGCCAAUCCAGAUAUGGGAAAUGAUUGGGAGGGGAAUGGUAGUAUCGAAACAACAUGAGGGAGACAGAAAGUUUGAGAAGAAUGAUGAGAAUACUCUCGUGGGGGUAAUUGCACGGAGUGCUGGUGUAUGGGAUAAUGAUAAGACAGUCUGUUCUUGCUCGGGCAAGACAUUGUGGGAGGAAAGGAAGGAUGAGAUCAGUAAAGGUAUGCUCUGA